AUGCUGCAGUGGAAUCGUUUAGCUUUUUUUGAUAAGCAUUUUUUGUUAGAUUCCAUUAAUAAAGCUUUUGAAUUUAGUGAGGCUUUUUUAGCUAAAGAGGUUUCUAAGGUUGUAAAAGCGCCUUCUAUUAAAACCGGGUCGAGUUUAAAAAAAGGGUAUUUCUCGGAAAGUAAAUCUGUUACGAGUUCAAUUAAAGAAGUAAAACUUACAGCCUUUGAUGUUAACCAGUUAAAGGUAGCAAAUAUAUCGGGGAUGUAUGGGGGAGAAGCUUUCAUAGUGUUUGGAGAUGCCUCUGGAUUGAUUUAUAUCAUGAAUAAAAAUUCAUAUAUUAGUGCGUUUACUGGCUUUAAUUAUUGCUUAACACACAUAAAAGUUUUAUCAAAGGAUUUAAUAUUAGCGAUAGGAUACGAUGAACCCGCCCCUAAACCCUGGCUUUUACGUUUUUGGAAGUUUGAUGGCAAUUUUACUACUAUUAGCGCGAGUCGUACUGUAAAACUUCGGAAACCAGCUCCUUCUGCUUUCGUGACCGCCUUCAGCAUUCUGAACAUUUCGUUAAUGGCCUUUGGCUUUAAUGAUGGUUCACUUUUAAUAUUAUUUGGGGAUGUGACUAAGAAAAAAAAACUUACCGAAAAGAUUAUUAGUGAAAGUUCUUCUCCGGUGACUGGGUUGGUGUUUCAGCAGAAAAAUCUACAUCUACUCCUUUUUGUCGUCACCUCUGACUCUGUUUCUUGCGUAGAGCUAACGGAUGACAAAAACCUUAAAAUAAGCUGUUUGGAUAUACAAGGCGCUCCCUUGCAUUGCUCAGCAGGUACAACUUCCGGCGAUAUUUCCUUAGCUGUUUCCAAGAACGCACCGGAGUUAUCGUGUGUUCAUCAUUACGACGAGAGCGGCAAGAAAGCCACCACCUGCUUUGAGGGCCCCAUAAAGAUGCUGCACUGGUUUGGCUCUUAUCUCCUGGUGGUGGCCCCGAAGGAUGAGCAAACUGACUUGGUGACAUUAUGUGAUCUCGACAAUAAAAUCAUCGUCUACUCUGGGGUUUUCCCGCUUGUAUCCUUUGUUACUACGGCUUGGGGGAGCCUCUAUCUUUUAGUAAAUGAUGAGCACAAGCUAGCCACGCUAAUUGAGAAGGAUAUCCACACGAAACUCGAGCUGCUAUUCCGCAAGCAUCUUUAUGCGAUAGCAGUCAAGAUGGCCACGGAUCAUGGCCUCAGGGAAGCCACCGUUGCUGACAUACACAAGCGGUACGGGGAUCACCUCUUCAGCAAGGGCGAAUUUAAUAGAGCUGUGGACCAGUAUCUUCGCACGGUUGGAAUAGUUGAGCCGUCUUACGUGUUAAGGAAGUUUCUUGAUGAGAAUCAUCUUCCCCACAUGAUAAGGUACCUCCAGCGUUUGCAUGAGGGUGCUAGCAGUCAAGAAGACAACUGUUACGUUUUACCGGAAUACACCACACUUUUGUUAAACUGUCUUAUAAAGUUGAAAGACGAGGCAGAGUUGGAACUAUUUAUAAAGACAAAUACCCACCUCGCGCUCAACGUGGAGUCCGCCUUCACCGCUCUUCGUCAGGCUGGCUAUGUUCAGCAAGCCGUUCUUCUCUCUAAGAAGUACAGAAGAGACGACCUCUACAUAAAAAUAAUUAUUGAAGAUCAGCACGACUACGUGGGAGCGCUGAGGCACAUGGAAAUACUCUCAGUGGAGGAGGCACGGAAUUUACUUCCAGGCAUAAGCAGCGUAAUAAUGAGAGCUGCCAGGCUGUGGCCUGCAUGAGGGCGUACGGAAAGACUCUAGUAGAAAACAUUCCACAGGAAACAACAACUUUGCUUAAGUUUAUUUGCACCGGCCAGUGGCCCGUCAUCUACUAAACGAACCGCUACGAAACAAAAUCUUCCGUAAGCACUUCCAGCGAGACUGUUCAGGGUACCAGGGAGAUG